UAAAAGCCUAAACGAGGAUUUCCUACUAGGCUAAUAAGCAGAGGGGGAGCUCGGCUCGUCACCCUGAGCCCGGCCCGCCCCCUGCCGUUCAGCCCCGGGAGCAUCAGUCCUGUGUCCGGUGCCACUAUGGAGCCCGGAGAUGAUUCAUCAGCUGUGGAGCCAGGGAUGAUGCUGCGCACUGACACCUCCUAGGAGAGGGGGCUGGGACAUCAGGAAACCCUGCGCUUAUCGUGUCUGCUGCUCAGCAUCACCAUCAGCCCCUCCACAUCAGUAAACAUGGAAGAGAUUCUGAGAAAGCUGCAGAAGGAAGCCACGGGCAACAAGCACAAGGCUAUCAAGGAGAAGUGUGUCGUGGCCAUCGAUGUUUUAGAAGCUCCAGAGGGUGUAGCCAAGAUCCCUCCUUACCAACUAAGGGAAAAAUGUCUUCUGCCCCUUCAACUUGCUUUGGAGUCAAAGAAUAUGAAGUUGGCCCAACACGCACUAGCUGGCAUGCAGAAACUUCUUGCUGACGAUAGAUUUGUAUCCGUGGAAACAGAAUCCGAUGAGCGGCAGCUACUUAACCAAAUGCUGAACGCAGUUAAAGUGACCCCAUCUCUACAUGAAGAUCUGCAAGUGGAAGUUAUGAAAGUUUUACUCUGCAUCACGUAUACAUCUACUUUUGAGCUGAAUGGUAGCUCAGUACUGAAGAUUGCUGAGAUCUGCAUUGAAACCUAUGUUUCAAGCUGUCAUCAACGGAGCAUAAACACGGCUGUACGGGCCACACUCAGCCAGAUGUUAAGUGACUUGACAUUACAAUUGCGCCAAAAGCAGGACAGCCCGAAUAGAGAAAUCCAUGAAGCUCUUUUGGAAUUCCGAAGCCAAGAAUCUGGACCAUCCGUUGAGUCUCUCUGUGAUGAUGUCGUAUCUGUCCUUUCCGUCCUGUGUGACAAGUUGCAAGCGGUUAUUAAUGAGAAUCACCCAUUACAGCUCCUAUAUUUGGAAUGUAUACUCUCAAUGCUGAACAGCUCAUCUCCCACAAUGCACAAACACAAAGGCUUUAUGGACUUAAUAUGGAAGCAUCUCUGUCCAGCACUUGUAGUGAUCCUUGGAAAUCCAGUCCAUGACAAAACAAUAACCUCUGCCCAUAAUAACACUGUUGUUGAUUCAGAAUGUCAGUCCACUGGAGUCGCGGACCAGGGACGGGGAUCGGCAUGUUCUUCUACAGCACCAGCUCUGAGUGGACCAGUUGCCAGAACCAUUUAUUACAUUGCAGCAGAGUUAGUUCGUCUUAUGGGCUCUGUUGAAUCUAUGAGACCUGUUCUGCAAUCGCUGUACCACCGUAUUCUACUGUAUGCCCCACCACAGAAUCGCGUGGAAGCUAUCAAAAUCAUGAAGGAGAUACUUAGCAGUCCACAGAGACUUUUUGAUCUUGCUGGGCCAUGCACUUCUGAAACAGAAACCAGGAAAAGGUCCAUAUCAAAGAGGAAGUCACAUCUGGACCUGCUAAAGCUGAUCAUGGAUGGGAUGGCUGAAGCCUGUAUCAAAGGAGGCAUUGAAGCUUGUUAUGCCUCCGUUUCAUGUGUCUGUGCACUGCUUGGAGCUUUAGAUGAAAUGAGUCAAGGGAAAGGUCUUAAAGACGCUCAGGUCCAGCAUCUCCUGAGACAUCUUGAGGAGCUGAGAGAUGGAGUAGAAUCUAGCCGGGAAUCCAUGGAAAUCAAUGAGGCAGAUUUCAGGUGGCAAAGACGCAUUCUGUCAUCUGAACAUACCCCAUGGGAGCUGGGAACAGAAAAGAGUCCUGACAUAAGCAUCAGCGUCACCACAGAUACUGGACAAACCACCUUAGAAGGGGAUUUAGGACAAACUACCCCAGAAGAUAACGUGGAUGGUCAAGGAAAUAAUGUACAGUCCCCAAUUCUCAGAGAUAAUAGGAAUAAAGAUUCAGAGCUGGAUGUUGUAGACCAACCAGAUGUUGUUCAAAGGAGCCAUGUUACUGUUUAUCCUGACAUAACAAAUUUCUUGUCGGUUGACAGCAGGACCAGAUCUUAUGGUUCACGGUACAGUGAGAGUAACUUUAGUGUCGAUGAGCAGGAUCUGUCUAGGACCGAGUUUGAUUCAUGCGAUCAAUAUUCCAUGGCAGCAGAAAAGGAUUCGGGUAGAUCUGAUGUCUCUGACAUUGGUUCUGAUAACUGCUCCCUGGCAGAUGAAGACCAGACUCCCAGAGACUGUCCCGGCCAUAGGUCAUUGAGAACUGCUGCUUUAUCCCUAAAACUGCUAAAAAACCAGGAGGCAGAUCAGCACAGUGCAAGGCUGUUUGUACAGUCCCUUGAAGGCCUUAUCCCACGACUCCUGACACUGCAAAGAAUGGAGGAAGUGGAUUCCACCUUGCAGAAUUUUGCUUCAACGUUUUGUUCAAGUUUGCAAGCUGGUGUGAUGCAUUCACCUGGCUUUGAAAGUAAUGGUGGAACGUGCGCCCAGUCCCUUCUGAAUGCAGACAGUUUAUAUGUUGCAUCCUACUAUACUCUGCUGAUGAACCUUAAACUUGCCAACAGCGAUUAUUACAGGAAGAAAACCGCUUUGGCCCCUGUGACACUAAAAGAAUUUAUAAAGCAGGUUCAGUCCAGCGGUGUGAUAAUAGUGUUCUCCCAGGCUUGGAUCGAGGAACUGUAUCACCAAAUCCUGGACAGAAACAUGCUUGGAGAGUCUGGAUUCUGGGGGACCCCUGAGGGACAAUGUCUACCCCUUAUUACUAUGCUUAUAAAUAUCGAUGGUUUGGGGAGCAGUGCCAUUGGUGGACAACUGCAAACCAUGUCAACACAAUCUCCCCUUCCUGCUGACAAGAAUAUGGACCCAACGACUGUGGCAGGUAUUGCUUUUGCACGGUUUAUUCUUAUUGGAUGUUGGAAGAAUUUAAUAGACACCCUGUCUGCUCCUCUGACUGGACGUAUGGCAGGAAGCUCCAAAGGAUUGUCAUUUAUUUUGGGUGCAGAAGGUGUGAAGGAGCAAAAUCAGAAAGAGAGAGAUUCUAUUUGUAUGAGUUUGGAUGGUCUUAGGAAAGCUGCUCGUCUCAGCUGCGCUUUAGGAGUGGCCGCUAACUGUGCAUCGGCUUUAGCUCAGAUGGCUGCCGCAUCCUGUGUGCAAGAAGAGAAGGAGGACAAAGAAAAUCCAGAGCAAAAUGACACCAUAUCGCAAGUUAAGCAGAAAGUAGAGCAAAAACUGGAGCAGAUGGGUAAACAUGGGGGAUAUCGACUUCAUAAUGCCCAUGUUCUGUGUAUGGAUGCCAUACUCAAUGUCGGUCUGGAGAUAGGAAGUCACAAUCAAGAUUGCUGGCUGCAUGUGUUUAGGGUGUGUGAAUAUAUAAGCACAUUGGAGCACACGCACUUCAGUGAGGGGACAUCGCAGCUACCGCUGACCAUCACUCAGUCCUCAGACCCGCAUGGCCUCUCAACUGACUUCUCCCAAGGACAGACUAAAGAACUAGAGGCAUCAUUCGGGAAGAGUCCCAUCAUCCAGCCGGUCCCAAUCCAAGAGCUCAUAAAGGAGGGCAACAAGGGCUGGGCAUUUGACUUCCGUGGAAAUUCCUUGAUGACCCCCAGCAAUGCUGCUAAAGCUGUCUGUACACUGUCCACGCAAGCAGACAAACUAUUUGAAGGUGCUGCAGACAAGCUCAAUCUGGUGGCUCUGAGUGGAUUCCUAUACCAGCUGAAGAAGGCAUCCCAGGCUCAGCUUUUUCAUUCAGUCACUGAUACAGUGGAUUAUUCCCUGGCAAUGCCAGGUGAGGUUAAAUCUACUCAGGACAAAAGAAGCGCCCUCCAUCUUUUCCGCCUUGGCGAUGUCAUGUUACGCAUCGUUCGCAGCAAAUCUCGUCCUCUGCUCCAUAUUAUUCGGUGUUGGAGUAUAGUUGCCCCUCAUUUUGUAGAGGCAGCCUGUCACAAAGAAAGGCGUGUUUCUAAGAAAGCCGUCUCCUUCAUCCACGACAUUAUGACCGAGGUUCUGAGUGACUGGAACGAGCCGCCACACUUCCACUUUAAUGAAGCCCUUUUCCGUCCUUUUGAGCGCAUCAUGCAGCUAGAGUUAUGUGACGAAGAUGUCCAAGACCAGGUUGUCACAUCAAUUGGUGAGCUGGUAGAAGUGUGCUCUCCUCGGAUCCAGUCAGGAUGGAGACCACUGUUUAGUGCCCUGGAAACCGUACAUAGCAGCAAGUCUGAUAUUAAAGAAUAUCUUGUUGGAGAGUACUCUAUGGGAAAACGCCAGGCCCCAGUGUUCGAUGUAUUUGAAGCUUUCCUGAACACCGACAAUAUUCAAGUCUUUGCCAAUGCAGCCACUGAUUACAUUAUGUGCCUUAUGAAAUUUGUCAAAGGAUUAGGUGAAAAUGAUUGCAGAGAAAUUGGAGAUUGUGUACUGUCAUCUGCCUCAUCAUCUACAGACCUUUGUCUACCAGCAUUGGAUUAUUUAAGAAAGUGUUCUCAGCUACUGGCUAAAAUCUACAAGAUGCCUAUGAAACCAAUCUUCUUGUGUGGGCGCCUGAACAGUUUGCCUCGCCGAGUUCAAGAAAGAUCAGCAAGCAGUGAAGAUGGCAUUGAUGCUGUAUUAUCCGAGUUUGAUGAUGACACUGGAAUUAUUGACGUAUGGAUAAACCUUUUAGAACAACUUACAGCUGCUGUUUCGAAUUGCCCUCGCCAGCACCAACCACCCACUCUGGAUUUACUCUUUGAGUUAUUAAGGGAAGUUGCCAAAGUGCCAGGCCCUGGCUUUGCUAUCUAUGCAGUUGUACAUCUGCUAUUACCGGUCAUGUCCAUGUGGCUGGGUCGCAGCCAGGGUGAUCACGUAUAUUGGGACGCAGCUUCUGCAAAUUUCAAACACGCUAUUGGCUUAUCUUGUGAGCUAGUGGUUGAACACAUUCAAAGCUUCAUAAACUCAGACAUUGGAUAUGAGAAUAUGAUUAACACAAUGCUAAAAGAAUUAUUUAAGCUGCUUGUAUCAUGUGUGGCUGAACCCACUGAAACCAUCUCUCGAGUAGGCUGUUCCUGCAUUAGAUAUGUAUUGGUAACUGCAGGGCCAGUCUUUACAGAGGAGAUGUGGAGAUUGGCAUGCUGUGCUUUGCAAGAUGCGUUUUCUGCUACGUUAGAACCAAUGAAGAAUCUAUUAGGUUAUUUCCAUAGUGGGUCGGAAAGUUUUUCUGGAGACGCCUGUGAAGUGAAGGUGGCAGCACCAUCUUUAUCUCCCAAUGCAGAAGCUGAAUACUGGAGAAUCCGGGCUAUGACACAACAGGUCUUCAUGCUGGAUGCCCAGUGCUCACCAAAGACCCCAAACAAUAAGGAAGGCUUUGAGCAUGCUCAGUCAUGUGUGCUUAUCAUUGAGCUGCCUCCAGAUGAGAAGCCCAAUGGGCACACACAGAAAAGUAUUCCAUUUAGGACCAUCGUAGUCAGUUUGCUUUCUCAUCAAGUUCUGCUUCAAAACCUAUACGACAUUUUGUUGGAGGAGUUUGUAAAAUGCCCUGCGGUGACUGAGGAUAAAUCGGUCCCUCCUCCCGAAACUAAAACUGUUGGAUUUCUGAGAUACGUUUCAAUGCAAAACUUGGCUGUUAUUUUUGACUUGUUGUUGGACUCCUAUAGGACAGCCAGGGAAUUUGAUGCCCGUCCCGGUUUGAAAUGCUUGCUCAUGAAAGUUUCUGGCAUUGGUGGAGCAGCAAAUCUAUAUCGACAAUCGGCAAUGAGCUUUAACAUCUACUUCCAGGCUUUGAUUUGUGCCUUGCUGACCAAUCAGGACAACAUCACUGCUGAGGUUGUCAAGAAAAUCCUUUUUGAAGAAGAUGAACAUAGUACAGAUUCCUCCCAGCAGUGUUCAUCAGAGGAUGAAGAUAUAUUUGAAGAAACUGCUCAAGUCAGUCCUCCAAGAGGGAAGGAAAAACGGCAAUGGAGGGCUCGAGUCCCAUCUCUGAGUGUUCAGCCGGUCAGUAAUGCCGAUUGGGCUUGGUUGGUUAAAAGGCUUCACAAGCUCUGCAUGGAACUUUGUAAUAACUACAUUCAAAUGCAUCUGGACCUGGAGAAUAAUGACGAUCACCCAGGUAUUAGGGGAGAUCCUUUCUUUAUCCUACCAUCAUUUCAGUCAGAAACCUCAACACCAUCAACUGGAGGUAUUUCGGGAAAGGAAACACCAUCCGAAGAUGACAGAUAUCUAAAUAAGGAGCACCCUAUUGAUAAUGUAACACCAAGAGGUUUUGCUGCAUCAAUGCCACAAAGUCCCAAGCUAGAGAAAAGAGAUCAGGGCAAAAAGAAAGAAUGGUGGGAGAAUGCUGGCAAUAAAAUCUAUACCAUAGCCACUGAUAAAACAAUAGCAAAACUCAUGACCGAAUACAAGAAGAGAAAGCAGCAACAUAACCUGACUACAUUUGUUAAAGAUACAAAGUUGGAUAAAAAAGGAGAAAUGUUAUCUUCUAGAGGGCAGGAUUCACCUAUGCCACAAAGGCCCCAACAUCUUGUUGACCAGACUCAGAUGAGACACUCUUUCAGUGCUGGCCCUGAGAUUUUGAGACAGGAGAAGAGAUCUCGCUCUGGGUCCACUGUUAGCACAUUCAAUAUUUCAACAAGAGAUGCAGAAGCUCAAAUACAGGCAUGGACCAACAUGGUGUUGACAAUACUAAACCAAAUUCAGAUCUUACCGGACCAGAUGUUUGCUGCUUUGCAGCCUGCGGUGUUUCCUUGCAUCAGCCAGCUGACAUGUCAUGUGAACGACAUACGUGUGCGUCAAGCUGUCAGGGAAUGGUUGGGUAGGGUCGGGAGAAUUUAUGACAUCAUUUUAUAAGUUUAUGGUGGCACUAUGAUUUUUACAUAUCAAAUUCUCAUUUCAAAAUCUAUCCUAAAUAAGGUUUAUUACAUUUUGUAAGUAGGAUAUUUCAUGGGUAUUUACAGUUCUGAAAUAUUUUGCCUAUCCUGCUACAUUUAUAACUCGGUCAUUUCUAAGAAUGUAUAAUACUUGUAUUAUUUUCUGUAUGUAUGUAGUCAUGACACCACAAUAUUGGUUAUAGCCUACCGAAAACAACACUAGACCUGACAAAAAGGAACUUAUUCAUAUCAUUUCUGACUGAGCUUUCUGGUUUUCCUAGUAGCACAAGUAACCAAAGCCCUGCAGUGCCAGGUUGGCAUUGAGCUAAUAGAAUGGCUGGAUUAAAGGGGUAAUCCACUGGCCAGCGUUCGGAACUAAAUCCGAAUG